AACCUUCAACUAAAUGUGUAAAAUGUCUUUUUAGUGGAUGCAAAACUGAUUAUAUAUGGUGUGGCUCAACAAGCAAUAUGUUGGGACAUUUACGAAAUACACAUCAUAUUACUAAAUCUAGUUUAAACUCUCAAACGGCAGAAGAAAUUAUUGAAACAUCUAAACAAAAUAAUUUACCUGAACCAUAUAAUAAAAUACAAUAA